GCUCAAUAUACACAUCGUUUCUUCUCUGAACACUUUCUCAAACUCAAGCCCCUGUUAGGGUUUCUUCGUUUUUUCAUAGUUUUAUACUCAAUUUUUCUGAUUUUACAAGUUUAUGCUGUGUAAUCUUGUUAGUCAUCAGUUUUUUCAUUCAAGUUGUGAUAAAUUAUUUUGUUGUUAUAACUUCCCUUAAAAGCAGAUAAUUGUUUCAGAAGAUUUCUUGUACACAUUGUAAAUCUGUUCUUGGUUUGUUUAUAACUUUUAAGUCUAUCCUUUUCCAAAGAGGCUUGGCCAAAUAUUAUAAAUUCAUCGACCUUUAUAGUUCUUUAGCGCUUGAAAAUGGCUUCAUCACAACAGCCAACGACUAUUGAGGACCUCCAAGGAGAUGUUUUAUCAGAAAUAUUCAUCCGAUUAUUGGCAAAGCAGCUUGCUCAAAUGAGGUGUGUCUCUAAAUCUUGGAAUACUCACUUAUCUCAAUCAUCCUUCAUAAAAUUGCACCUCCAGUCUUCAAUCCGUAAUAACGAUGAUAUUCUCUUGUUUUUCAAAUACAAUUUUUCUUUCUGUGGUGGUCGACCUUUCACAGCAUGCCCCUCUCGAUCCCCCCAUCAUGAACUUACUGAUUUCAUUAAACUACCUGUUAAUCUCCAAUCUAGACAAACAUAUGGCAAUGUCAUUGGAUCUGUUAACGGAUUAAUAUGCUUUAGUUACGGAACUCUUCAUGAUUCCAAGUUUUACAUAUGGAACCCUUCUCUCUCUGCUGUGUUGACUCUCCCGCCAAGUUCAUUUCCCUUCCAUGAUACUGAUAUGGUUGGAAUUCCUCCUCGGUUUGGAUUUGAUCCCAAAUCAGAUGACUACAAAGUUGUUAAGAUUACAAGAGAUCACCAACCAGGCAGCACGUUAUUUCCAUUAUCUAAAAGAGUUGUAAUUGAUGUUGAUUUUGAAACUGUUGAAUACAAAGUUGAGGUGUAUAGCAUGAGAAAGGGUUUCUGGCAGUUAAUCCCUCAAAGGUUUCCAUCACAUAUCCAAAACUCAAUGUUUAUGCACUAUACUGAAUUUUGUGUAGAUGGACAUGAUGGUCAUGUUCAUUGGUUUAAUUUUGUUGAUUCACAGUGGAAGUCAAAAAAGAUAGUUGCAUUUGACUUGGCUGAAGAGACAUUCCGUGAGAUUCCUCUUCCAGAUUUUCCAAUAGAUGAUAGCAUGGAACGCUCUUUAGGUGUUUUGGGAGGAAAACUUUGUGUGAUGUUAGGUGUUAUGGAUGGUGGAUGUGAGGUAUGGGUGAUGAACGAUUAUGGUGUGGCUGAAUCAUGGGUCAAACAUUAUGUGUUUCCCCAGUUUGAUGGCGUUAUUAUUCCAUAUGGAUUUACAUUUCACAAUGAGUUUCUUUUUGAAAUUGCCAAUUACUAUGAUGAUGAUGAUGAUGAUCAUUGCUUAGGUUUGUAUGAUCCAAUUGCAGCCAAGACUAGAAGUUUUGAGGUUGGUUAUGGACUAUCUAAAGUUGUUGAGUAUGUUGACAGUCUUGUUUGGGUAACACCUGUGGAGCAUGAGAUGAGUUGUUGCAACAUCUCCCGAUUGAAAAUUUGAAGAGGUAUCAGUGGUCAGAUGGAUGGUCAAAAGGUCAAAAAAUGAGUUUCUUUUGUUGGUAUGAUGUGAAGGAUGUUGUGUUUUUGUUUGCUUCUUGUUGCUAUCUAUACAUAAAAGAUUUACAUAUACACCUAUUAGUUUUGUUUAGGGUUUGAUUUCUAUUUUAGUUUCCCAAAAGGUUUAAUCAGUUUCUAGCCUGUUGCAGUUCAUGGAAUCUAUUUCAUUUUUCUA